AACAUCGAUAUUUUCGAUGCGUCGAUGUUUUUCUGACUUCUCUACGCGCUUCUAAUUAUUGUCCGGUUUAGAUCGUAAUUAUAAAUAUACAUACAUACAUCCAUGGCGCAUCCAUACGCCUUGCAUACAUCAAAAUAGAAUUAAAAGAAAGCCAAAACAUUUUCGGUGUUUUUAUGACAUGUGGAUUCUCAGGAACUUACAGCCAAUGAAGAUAAAGCUACUCUCUGUGUAUCUAUUUUUAUAUUACUGCAAUAAAGUUGCUGCAAGUAUACCUGAGGAUAAUGGUGUUCGAUCUCAAGUGACAUUUAUGGAUCCAGGAACAAUAGUAGACUAUAAGCCAAAGUCGCGCCACAGAGGAUUUUUCGAAAAUGAUAUGCGAAUAUAUUGUUACCGUGGAUCUCUUAAGGAUUUGACUCGCUUUUUUGAAAAUGUUGAACUCAAUUUGGAGAUCGAAGGCGAUGAAUAUACGCAAUAUGAAGGUGUAACACCUAUGGAAGUCCGCCAGCAUUUUGAAGAAAGGCGGUCAUUGUUUAACUUCAAUUUAUUCAGUCAGAAGCGUGCUCGUCUGCAGCUGUCGCCUUUCAAGCAGCAAUGUAUUGGUAUCGACACCACUUUGCCUUACCGCGUUCGCCUACUGCAAAUUCGAGUUGACAACUUUCGUGUUCUAGAACUUGCGUUGGGUAUCAGCAUUUUUGUUUUCGCCGGAAAACUUAGCGAUAACUCAUUAUUCUUUUAUUUUACGGGUAUUGCUUUCGGCAUAUGUUCAUCGUUUAUGCUUCUGAUUUGGCUAUCUAGCAAGUUAAUGCCUCGACGCCCUAUGGUUUAUGGAAUGCUUAUCGGUGGUUGGGCGCUUGGUGUUUAUAUUAUUCAACGACUUUGGGAAAACCUCCAUUUAAUUUUUCAAAUGUAUCGCGUAUAUGUCCUUUGGUAUAUCUUUUUAACGGGGCUACUGUCAUUUUUUUUCUGUUACCGUGUGGGACCUCCUAAAAAUCGUAGAUCGAAAAAUAUAAUAAAAUGGAUAUUGCAAAUAAUGGCAUUAGCUUUAAUUUAUAUAUCAAGCCAGUAUGAAGAAGCCAGUGCCGCAAUAGGGGUUCUCACUAUCGUAGUAAAUUAUUUCCCGUAUUAUAUAUUUCACAAACUUCUCAAGAUAUACAGACGGUUCUUUCCACCUAAAAGGCGUUUGCUAACCAACGAUGAAUUUUAUGAACAAGGAGUUAUAGAAACUUCAAAGGCAUUAAACGAACUGCGAGCGUUUGCAAGUAGUCCUGAUUGCAAUCAGUGGAAGAUUAUAUCCAAACUCAGAGAUCCGUUGAUUUAACCAUUGUCACCUCAACGUUGUAGGGCAGUUUUGCUACUCCCAAAUAUAUGAUUUUUCAAGCAUGUUGCCUUCCUACCAUACUUUCUUUAAAUUUUGUAUGUUAUGCAUACAUAAAACCCCAUUAAAAUGUAUUUAUUAACAUAUUGUAUGAUAAUUGAAUAUACGGUGCCCCUAUUAUACAUCUAGCUAAAACAAGUAAUUUUUAACCAAAAAACACAACCGACUUCUAUGCUCAUAUACAAAUUUAGGAAGACCGUUAUUUUAUUCAUGGUCCAAUCAUCGGAACUAAACCAAAUAACGAUGGGACCACCCGUGAAGCACCACCUUUCCCAUAAAAACGGAUUUAUUGAAAACGCUCCAUCCUUAUAAUAAUAUAAUUUAAAAUUGUUUUCAAGAAUAA